AUGUCGAAAAUCCUCAUCCUAGGAGCAACCGGAUACUUAGGCAAGCAUGUAGCCCACAGGCUCGUCCAGUCAGGCCAACACACAGUCUACGGCGUGGCACGUUCACAGGAGAAAGCAGCCCAGCUCGCCCGACAGGAGAUAAUACCCGUUCUCUGCAGCAACCCGGUCGAAGUUCCAGAGGCGUAUCUCUCCGUUAUCCGCUCCGAGAGCAUUGACAUCAUAGUCGAUGUCUCAGGCGCAAACCAGGAUACUUACAGUUUCCUCCACAAUGCGAUACUCAUCGGGCAGGAACGGCAGAAGGAAUACGGGCGUCACGGCGUGAAAGGACCAAAGCUUGGCUUCAUCUACUGCUCCGGGACCUGGGUGCACGGCUCAUCUUCCCAAGCCGUUAAUGACCUCUCCGUCGUAGACCUGGCACCCUCACCUGCCCCGGAGCUAGUUGCCUGGCGACGUGAUCUUGAGAAGCAGAUACUAAACGCGGCCGACGUGCUGGAUGUGAUGAUUCUCCGGCCCGCCUUGAUUUACGGCAGGGAACUAACGAUCUGGUCGUCUUUCGUGACGCCGCUACUCAACGCAGCGAGGACUGGAGAGACGACGUCAAUUGAGAUCCCUUUGGAGGCGGAUGCAAGGCCAGGGCUGGUACAUGUCGACGACGUAGCGCGAGCCUUUCAGUGCGCUACUGCGAAGCUCCCUUGUGUCUCCGGAACCGGUGUAUACCCUGUUUUUGACCUGGUUACGAGCCAGGAGGGCAUGCGCGAGAUCUUCGAAUCUAUGUCUGUAUGCUGGGGCUUCAAAGGGACAGUGACUCUGAAGGGUGCUGGCGAGGACAAGUUCGCUAAAGCAAUGAGUACGACGUUCCGGGGCUCUUCUGCGCGGGCUGAGCAGCUUCUUGGCUGGAGGCCGAGGAGGUUAGGCGGGUUCGUGAAGGAUAUGAAUGUUUAUGCGGCUGCAUUCGCAGCACAGUGA